GCAGCUAAAAAGAGAAACCAGAUAAGCAGCAGCGGCGGCGACUAAGAGCUGGAUUACUAAACAAAGUAAGAAGAGUAACAUUUAACUACCUCUUUAAAAAAGAAGACAAGGCUUCGUGUGGAGCUGCCGGUCGCUGAGUUCCCCCAGAAAAACAGCCAAAAUGACGGCGGCGGUGUUUUUCGGCUGCACCUUCAUCGCUUUCGGCCCAGCCAUCGCUCUGUUCCUGUUUACCAUCGCUAAGGAGCCACUGAGGGUCAUUUUCCUCAUAGCAGGAGCGUUUUUCUGGCUGGUGUCUCUGCUGCUGUCCUCUCUCGUGUGGUUCAUCUCGGUUCAGAUCAGUAACAAAGACAGCGCGGCGCAGCAGAAAGGUCUGCUCAUCUUCGGCGUGGUGUUGUCCGUCCUGCUGCAGGAAACCUUCCGCUUCGGUUACUACAAGCUGCUCAAGAAAGCAAAUGAAGGCCUCCUCACUCUCAGUCAGGAGGAGACCAUGCCGAUCUCCAUACGUCAGCUGGCCUACGUUUCCGGCCUCGGCUUCGGCUUCAUGAGCGGAGCGUUCUCCGUGGUGAACAUCCUGGCUGACUCUGUGGGACCGGGGACCAUCGGGAUCCACGGAGACUCGCAGCACUACUUCCUGUCCUCAGCCUUUAUGACCAUGGCCAUCAUCCUGCUCCACAUGUUCUGGGGCGUCGUCUUCUUCGACGCCUGCGAGAAGCAGCGCUGGUGGGCGGUAGCUGCCGUCGUCGUCAGCCACCUCAUCGUUUCAUGUCUGACCUUCCAGAACCCGGAGUACGUCGCCAGUCUCGUCCCCACCUACGUCAUCUUGUUCGUGAUGGCCGUCUGGGCGUUUUACUCGGCCGGCGGCUCGCUCAGGAACCUCAAACUCUGCCUCACCUGCAAAGACAAGGACUUCCUGCUCGCCAACCACCGGCCCAGAUAACGCAGCACGCCAAGGGCAGCGUGCAGGACUCUCUAUCCAAAGAUCACCCAGUUCUCACACACACACACACACACACACACACACACACACACACACACACACACACACACACACACACACACGCUGAACACAGUGAAGAAGGAGUGUUAAUCCUCUUGUUAAUCUACUUUUUCACUGCUUUACACCCACGGGGGUUUUUCAUCUUCUAAAUCGUCCACAAUGAGAAAAAAAAGGUAAAAGCAGUGAGUGUUUUUCUCCGAGGAGACGAGCGAACACGGGAGAUUAUUUUUAUCUCUGACAGUGAAUCAUGUUUUGCUCUGAAAGCUCAGUUUGUACAGAUUUAAUGCACAUCUGAUAUUAAAAAAAAAAAUAAAAAUCCAAAAUAUCUGUGUUUGGCUAAUAAAAACACGUUUUCUUAUCUGGUCUUCUAAAAGAAACAACAGGUGAACAAACUAAAUACAGCCUUUUAAUUAUUAAACAUAUUCAAAGCUUCAGAUGUGUCAAAUCUUUCAAACGGUGGAUUUAUCAUUCAUGAACAAAAACUCUUUGUGUGUAUAUAUGUAUGCAUUUUUAAAUCCCUGAUGUGUAGAUAGUCACAUGUUUUCAUCUCUCUUCUUCUUUUCUUAUGAUAUCACCAUGUUUAGUCCUGCCUUUGACUUUAAAUGAAGACAGAAAUUAAUUGACAUGACUAAUGAAAUACAGAUUAUGUAAUCAUGAAUUGUGAUGAAAUGGCCUUAAUCCUAAACUGGAGUGUUUAUCUACUAAUUUGAAGGCGAAAAAGUUUAAAAUGUUCAAUUCAACAAAAGGAGAAUUUGCACUUUUGUGGUCAUUACUCUUUUCUCAAUAUCAUUUCAGCAGAUUAUUUGCUUUCUGAGUGGCCAGUACUUAAAAUACACUAGAAACAAACAAAGUUAAUCAUGAAUUCAGAUUUGACCUUUUUCUUUUUAUCUCUCCAGAUAUGAAAAUGAUAAAGUCUUAAUCUGAAAGUAACCAGAGUCAAAUAAAAGCUCCCAGUUUCUUUUCAGAUUAGCAGACAUUUUUUUUUAAUACUUUAUUUCUCUCACUCUCCUGUGUGUAAUCAGCAUUAUUAUCUCAUGAAUAAGAACACGAGCUGGUGAAAGUGA